GCGGCUGAUCUUCCUGCUGUGUGGAGACUGAAGAAUGUGGAGGAGCUCCUUUGUAGAACUGUGAGAAAACCAACUGCAGGAAUUAGGUGAUUGGAGCUCCAAAGAUUUAGAAGAUUUUUGGAAGAAUAAAUCUUGUUUCUACAAGAUCAGAACUAAAUUAAAUGGCUGAUAAACAGAUUAGCUGCUUUUCAGACACGGAAAUCAUCUCAGGAGAGAUUCAGGACAUAUCUUGCUUGACAUCUAUUCCUCCAUAGCACACUCUUAUGCAUCUUAGUUCUUCAAGUGGUCAUCUGGGAAUUCCCACAACCUGCCCUCUGACUUGGCCUAUUUCAUGGUGACUUUAUUGUUCCUUUGGAUCCACUGCAUCAAUCUUAGGAACUGAAGUUUACCUGCCAAGCUGAUCAAUGGAGGCAUAGCUGGUCUCAUUGGGGUUACCUGUGUGUUUCCUAUUGACUUGGCAAAAACACGUUUACAGAACCAACAGAAUGGCCAGAGGAUGUACACCAGUAUGUCUGACUGCCUUAUUAAAACAAUCCGGUCUGAAGGAUAUUUUGGGAUGUACAGAGGGGCUGCAGUGAAUCUAACACUCGUGACUCCAGAAAAAGCCAUCAAGUUAGCUGCCAAUGAUUUCUUUAGGUACCAUCUUGCUAAAGAUGGGAGGAAUCUGACGCUGCUAAAAGAGAUGCUGGCUGGCUGUGGGGCAGGGACCUGCCAGGUGAUUGUCACCACUCCCAUGGAGAUGCUCAAAAUCCAGCUGCAGGAUGCAGGCCGAAUUGCUGCUCAGAAGAAGUCCAUGAUAGCACAAGCUCAGCUCAGCCCAUCCGCUGGCACUGGGGCCGCAGAGUCAGUGGUAGAGACGCGAAUGACAGCAAUGCAAAUCACAAGAGACUUGCUUCGAAGCAAAGGCAUUGCAGGACUGUAUAAGGGACUUGGAGCCACGUUGCUCAGGGAUGUCCCAUUUUCCAUUGUUUAUUUUCCACUGUUUGCCAACCUGAACAAGCUGGGGCAGAAGAGCCCUGAAGUCAAGGCUCCCUUCUAUGUCUCCUUCCUGGCUGGGUGCCUGGCGGGCAGCACAGCAGCCGUAGUUGUCAAUCCUUGUGAUGUAAUCAAGACAAGACUUCAGUCUUUGCAGAGGGGAGUCAAUGAGGACAGCUAUUCAGGGAUAAUAGACUGUGCCAGGAAAAUCUGGCGUAAUGAGGGUCCCUUGGCCUUUUUUAAGGGGGCAUAUUGCAGAGCCUUGGUCAUUGCCCCACUCUUUGGUAUUGCACAAGUUGUCUAUUUCAUCGGCAUUGCUGAAUUCUUCCUCAACAUGCUUCCAGGGCACCGGGAUUAACCCCCCAGACUUCUCCCCAUCCAAUUGGAAUUCAUCAUAGUAUUCUUGUCAUUGUGAUGUCAGAGCAACGGCACAAAGGGUUUCAAACAGUAAUAGUGGGAAUGAAUGUGGUCUCAAAACAAAGUUAUUUUUCCUCACAUCAAUAUGCCCUGAGGAGAAUACCUAAAUAGUCAUAUCUGUUUUUUAAUUAUCAAUUUUAAAGACACUACUUAGCACAGACUGUCUGGCUGGGCUGCUGUUCCUCUUGGCUAGGGGAAAAUGAGCCCCCCCCCCCGAAUUGCCAACAAAUCAAGAAGGAGCAAAAGAAUGGGGUGUGUUUCCCUGCCCCUUUUCUUGGGGUUAGGUCUCUGGGGAAAAGAAGGGGCUGGUACCCCCCAAAAAGGGAGGUCACUUCGACCCAGGCAGUUACUGAGAUCAAAAUAAUUGUUUUUAGAUAGGUCUCCUAAACAUCCCUCCUCCAAAUUAGUUGGACUUAAUGAACUUUUGAAUAUUGAGAGAUGGCAAAGGGAAAGCUGCAUCUUAAUGUUUUGAUUUUAUGUAAGGGCCAGCCUUCAUGAUGGGUUUGGAUGGACAAAUGUACACAGGACAACUGUGCAUUCGGCCUCUAAAGCCUCAUCUGUGGAAAUACGGUGAUAUCCAGGGUUAUGAAUUAGCUGUGAGCCAUGACAGUUGGGAGAAACCAAAUUAUUUGGGGAUCAUUUUUAAAAAAUAAUAUGCUGGAUAAAACUCAAGCCUGGUAAUAUAAAUACUCCUCUAUUUCAGCCUGAGUUGCUGCUGUCCAUGCUACUUUUCACCCCAUCCUGGGUUUCACACGUCUGUCUCUUUCAAGAUGUGUAUAGAAUGUGUGUAUUGCUCCCUUAUUUAUGACUGGGAUCACAGAUAAUGCCAAAGGCAACUGAACUCUCUUGUGGCUGGUCAGUGCUA